UUUAUGUCAGUCUUUACUUUUCAUUCCACCUGUGGUUAGAAGAGUUAAGGGACCUGCACAAUUGUUUUGGUCGCGAUGGCUCCAGUGAAGGGAUGCAACGGACUUGACAAUCCUGCCUUUGAUAUAAAUGAAGUCAAUGAUCAACCCAGAGAGAGGAUUUUUAACUUAAGUGUGAGUGACUCCAUAGAAGACGACAACAGAAAUAAACCAACAUAUCGCGUCACUGAUGUUCCUCCCUGGUAUCUGUGUAUCUUCCUGGCCAUACAGCAUUACCUGACAGCAUUUGGUGGAAUCAUCUCCAUCCCUCUCAUUGUGUCAGAGGGCCUGUGUCUGCAGCAUGACAGCCUGACACAGAGUCAACUCAUCAACACCAUUUUCUUUGUCUCUGGCUUGUGCACGAUACUGCAGGUCACAUUUGGCGUCAGGCUUCCCAUCAUACAGGGUGGGACAUUUUCCCUGGUGACACCUGUCAUGGCCCUGUUGUCGAUGCCAGAAUGGAAGUGUCCAGCUUGGACUCAGAACGCCACUCUGGUCAACACCUCGUCGCCUGAAUUUGUAGAAGUGUGGCAGACACGCAUGAGAACAUUGCAGGGCUCUAUCAUGGUGGCCUCUCUCCUCCAGAUCAUCGUGGGCUUCUCUGGCCUCAUAGGUUUCCUGAUGCGCUUCAUUGGCCCGUUAACCAUCGCCCCCACCAUCUCUCUCAUAGGUCUGUCACUGUACGACUCAGCCGGAGAAAAGACUGGCAGUCACUGGGGCAUAUCUGCGAUGACCACUGUGCUGAUCAUCCUGUUCUCCCAGUACCUUCUUUCCGUGCCAAUCCCUGUUCCUGUGUACAGCAGAAGAAAGAAACUGCACACCACAAAGUUCUACAUCUUCCAAAUAAUGCCAAUUCUGCUGGGCAUUGCCGUCUCAUGGUUACUGUGUUACAUCCUCACCAUCUACGAUGUCCUACCAUCGGAUCCGGCUCAGUACGGCUACCUGGCCCGCACUGAUGUGAAGGGUAACGUGAUCAAUGAGGCCUCCUGGUUCAGAGUUCCCUAUCCUGGUCAGUGGGGAAUACCGACUGUAAGCCUGGCCGGUGUGUUUGGCAUCAUGGCUGGGAUCAUAUGCUCCAUGGCAGAGUCUGUGGGUGAUUACCACGCAUGUGCCAAGCUGUCGGGGGCACCGCCGCCCCCCAAGCAUGCCAUCAAUCGCGGCAUUGGUGUUGAAGGGCUUGGCUGUUUGCUGGCAGGGGCUUUCGGCACAGGCAAUGGCACUACUUCAUAUAGUGAGAAUGUGGCAGCCCUCGGUAUUACAAAGGUGGGCAGUCGAACUGUGAUUUUCUUAUGUGGAGUUUUCAUGAUUCUGUUGGGAAUGCUGGGUAAAAUAGGAGCUGUUUUCACAACCAUUCCCCUCCCAGUGAUUGGAGGCAUGUUCCUGAUCAUGUUUGGAGUCAUUACUGCUGCUGGAAUUGCUAAUUUACAGUCCACAGACAUGAACUCCACGAGGAAUAUCUUUGUUUUUGGGUUUUCCAUGUUCUGUGGACUUGUCAUUCCAAACUGGAUAAUGAAGAAUCCAGAUUUCAUAAAAACUGGUGUGACCGAGGUGGACCAAGUGUUGCAGGUAUUGCUGACCACCAAUAUGUUUGUUGGAGGGUUCCUUGGUUUCUUUCUUGAUAACACAAUUCCUGGGACCAAACGUGAGCGUGGUCUCUUAGCCUGGGGCAAAGAGCAUCAUGAGGACUGUAGCAGCACGUUGAUGACUGGGCAGGUGUACGAUCUUCCCUUUGGCAUAACCUCAUGCCUUGCAUCCCAGUCUUGGGUUCGCUACAUCCCUUUCUGCCCAUGGCAAGACCCCAGACCUCAAGAAAUGCCUGAUGACACUAUAUCACCUAAGCACAGCGCCAAGGUCACCGAUGAAGCUGCUCUAUAACGUGUGAAGUCGAGGUUGUUUAUAGUAAAAUAUAAAGUCUCCAGGUCAUUGCUAAAGACAUUCAUGGCUCUAAAUAAUUGAAUAAAGAAUAUUCUAUUUUGCACUGUAAA